AUGCAUACCAACUACUUUUUCUCGGCCCUUGCCCUAGCUCUUCCCGUGUACUCGCUUAGCGCCACGGCUAGCAUGGGCUGCUAUUCCGAAGUUGACUCGUUCAAGAACCAAGGCCCCUACACCUAUCAAUCACCGGGAUAUUGCCAGGCUCAAUGCGCAGAGAACGGGUUCAAGGUCGCAGCUCUGAGCCGUGGCAACAUGUGCUACUGCGGCAACAAAAUGCCCUCGGACUCCGCCAAGAUCGCCGACGAUAAGUGCGACCUGUCCUGCUCUGGAUGGCCUGCAGGAAGCUGCGGCGGACAGGAUACCUUCAACAUCAUCCAGGCGACUGAGAACCUACAAGCCUCUCCAUCUGAAAAUGCUUCCACUACUAUUGCCCCCACUGCUGCCACCGCAGCUGGCGGAAUCAUUGUCGCGCCCUCGACAGCUAGCGGGCAAACCGGCAUCGUGACUGCGGCAUCAACUGCGAACUCUAAGAGUGGUAACGUUGUAUCCAAGGCUUCUGGCUCCGGCUCUAUCGCAACUGCCUCGCCCACGCCUACGAAUAACGCUGCUGGAACAGUCCGCGCGGGAUCAUCGCUGCUUGGCGCUGUUGUCGCGGGUAUGGGCUUGCUUCUGUGA